UGUGUGGGUGUCGCUGCUCCUCCGCGCCGCUGGGUGGCGCCAGCAUCAAUAGCAGCGGCGGCGGCGUCACUCUGACGCAACAAACUCAGCGCUGUUCGUCGUUACGAGCUAUUACUUCAGUUCGCGCAGAACAAGUCAGCUGUCAGAUAUGGUUUGCAUUCCCUGCAUCGUCAUUCCUGUGCUGCUGUGGGUUUAUAAGCGCUUCCUGGAGCCCAUCAUCUAUCCGUUCAUCUCUCCCUUCAUCAGCCGCUUCUGGAGGAAAGCAGCAGUGCAGGAGACUCCGAAACACAGCACCGAUGAAUGUAAUGGAACGGCAAACGGAUCCACGGCAAACGGACCGAAGACGGUGACCGAUAAAAAAGCCGACUGACAGAUUUCACGCCUCUACAAUCAUCACGAAUGAUAUCUUAAAAUGUAGAGAUAAACUAAUAUAUGGACACACACUGAUCCUGUCACAUUGCUUACAUGAAAUACUUUAAUAACAUUAUAAUAACAUGAAUAAAAAUGAAGGUAGUUAUCUGUAGAUUUUGUUUUUAUCAUUCCAUGAUCAUUUACUGAUGUUUACCUUCCACUCAGAUUUUAUGAUGCUUAAUUUAAAAUAAACAUUGAAAUAUUUUA